GGCUUCCAGAAGGCCACUCUAGUUUCUUUCCGUUCCACACACCCCCUUCCAGAUACUCGGUUUCACAGAACGUAUCAGAACCAAACUUCGAAUAGAACUGGUGCGAAAUCGCAGCAAAAAAAGCAAAAGGGCCGAACAACCAAACGCAACCCCCCCUGCUCAAUCCUCCUCCCAAACCCCCAAGUUCAUAUCGCCCUCUCUUCCCCCUCCGCCACAUGGCCGCCGUCGCCGGCCCCAAUUCUCGCCCCGGCUGGUUCGCCGUGCCGGCCCCCGUCCGCGAGCUGUUCAAGCUGUUUCCCUUGACGACCCUCCCCGCCGAUCCUCUGCCCGAACGAGCCCCCGAAAGAGCGCGGCCGCGGCCUCGUCUGUAUGUCUUUGCAAGGAGCGAGGAGGAAGCUCGAGGCGGACGGCCGAGCUUCAAUCCUCAGUGCUUGAAGUGGCAGACCUUCCUUCGCAUAGCCGGCGUUGAAGUCGACAUCAUCCCAUCCAACAACCAUGCCUCCCCCUCCGGCGCAUUGCCUUUCCUCCUCCCCCCAACAACACCACCAUCACCAUCAUCAACAUUGUCAACGACGGAGUCGCAACCUGCUCCAGCACCUCUCAACAGCAAUCUAAAACCAACAAUACCUCUCACGGGCAGCAAGAUCGAGCGCUACGCCAAAGACCACUCCUCCCACGAAAUACCCUCCGACCCCUCCACUUCUCGCAUCGAAGCCUACGAAGCACUCCUAUCACAGAGUCUUCGUCCCGCAUGGCUAUACACCCUCUACCUCGACCCUCUCAACACCACCCUCCUCUCAACUCUCUACCUCCCCCCCUCGCCAAUCCUCCAACUCCCCUCCCUCCACACCCUCCGCAACGCCGCCACCGCCGAGAUCCUCAAGACCACCCGCUCCGCCAUCAUUUCCCCCCUCCAGCUCCUCUCCGACGCCACCGACGCCCUGCGCUCGCUCUCAGCCCUCCUCUCCGACGACGAGUGGUUCUUUGGCAGCUCCGAACCAGGCCUGUUCGACGCAGAGGUCUUUGCUUACACUCACUUGAUCCUGGAUCCAGAGUUUGGCUGGGCGGAUGAUAAUUCGCUGACAAAGUGCUUGGCAAAGUUUGGUAACUUGGUUGAGCAUAGGAGAAGGCUUUAUGAGAGCUGUUGGCCGGAAUCUCAGGGAGAAAAAUAGAAAGGAAUAGAUCCAGUUAGAACACAGCUCCGCAAUGAUUCGGUAGAACAAGCAAAUGAAUGCCUCAUCUCGU